AAAUUUAAAUUACUGUGUUUUAUGUUUUUGUUUGGUAUCCCUUACAUCGUUUUAAUGAAAGAUUUAGUGGAUUCUUCCACGAGAAUUCAGCUAUAUAGUUUUCCUAUAAUUUCCUAUAGCGCCCAGCUAAACGGUUAGCAGCGUACCAGAAGGUAGAUUGUAUUUUGUCCGAUUUUGGGUCCGAUUUUAUAUGCACUGGAUAACUCUCACAUUCGCCCAGAAUGACAACCCGCGUCAAAAAAGAAGAUUGUGUUGAAGCAUUAGCUUUAUUGAGAGAAUACCAUGGCAAGCUUACAGAUGAUCAGCCAGAUUUAAAAAGAGCCUUGGAUAAAGUUAUAAAUGUCUUUAAUAGCAACUUGUUUUCUGCACUGGUUGAUAUUCAAGACUAUUAUUCCGAAAUAUUGCAGGAGGUGCACAAAUCACCUGAACAAGUAAGCAAAGAAGCAACGAUGUUGGCAAAGAGAUGGGAAAGCAGCAAAUCUGAUGAAAUUAAAAGUCAGCCAGAUAAUACUAGCAGUCAUGUCUAACAGAAAAAAUACAAAACUGUAAAGACAAAUUUAUAUAUGAGCAAAUCGUUGUAGAAAUAUUUAACACCAAUUUGCCAUUUUUAAUUAGAUGUUUUUGUUCUUGCUUUAUCGUUACGAAUUUGAA